AUACCCGGAUACCAUUAAAAUGUAGAUGCGUUUAUCAAAGCGGUUAAUAUAUGGAGUUAAAAAGAGUGUAGUAUGAAAGAUGAGAAAGCUGUUGGAUAUAUAUUUUGAAGCUUUUAUCAUAACUGUUUCUAUAAACAGAUUCGCCUUUACCGCUUUCUGUACAGAGUACCAUACGUGCAGUGCCACGUGUUACAAAAAUAGGAGGUUAUACACCAGCUGUUUUACUUGGUUUUGGUCUUGGUCCCCGUCCCGGUCCAGCGGGUGUUCUAGAUAUGAAACUGUGGCGUAUGCCUGCACAAAGAUGUGUCAGAAACGUUUCUGCUGUGACGGCUAUACCGGUGAAAACUGCGAACAAGUGUCAGGUUCCCGGUAUGUCCGUAUUGUAACAACGCUGUCAAAUUCAACAACCACAAAUUCGACAUCAAAUUCAACAACGGCCGGGACGUUGCAAAUAUACGAACAUGGCAAGUGGAUGAUUGUGUGCGCAAGGGACUGGAAUGAUCUGAACACGGAUGUUGCAUGUAGAACGAUAGGUUACAAAUCAGGUAUCCAGCUGGACAAUUUAGAGUACUUGGGGUCGAGUGUUACACAAUGGAAAAUUAUAUGUCAGGGAAAUGAAACAGAUCUAAGAACGUGUACAAAAAAUGAAGAUAUACGAAUCGGAAAUGAUACAUGUACCUCAGCUGUAACAAUUUCAUGUCAGACAGAUUGCAAGAGUGGAUAUUUUGGAAAGAUCUGUAAAAGAUGUGACUGUAACAGUAAAUACACACAAACAUGUGACUCUGGAACCGGGGAAUGCUACUGUAAGGACGGAUGGACAAGUGAUACCUGUAGUUUAGAUUUAAACGAAUGUGACAAAGGCAGUGGCGUAUGUCCAGAUGAAAUGAUCUGCACAAAUACAGUGGGCUCUUACAGUUGUGCUUGUAAAAUUGGUUAUUUGAAAGUCAACGACACAUGUCAAGAAAUCAACGGCAGUUAUGUCCGCCUUGCCGAGAGGAAAGUUUCAGAGAAGGCCGUAGAGGGCAGGCUGCAGGUUUAUCAUGGCAAAGAGUGGACAAGUGUGUGCUCGUUAAAUUGGGACAUGCUCAACACACAUAUAUCAUGUUGGUCGCUUGGAUUCUUGUCUGGUAUUAUCUGGGGGACCACUGAAGUUUCUGGACGAACAGGACACGUGCGUUGUACUGGCAAUGAGUCUGAUAUUGGCCUCUGUGUCUUCCCGGACGAUUAUCAAGUCUCCACUGUUUGCACCAAGGCGGUCUAUCUUUUCUGUUCCAGUGUAUGUAGAGAGGGGUUUUAUGGAGAGAACUGCAGUGAGUGCUUUUGUACAAAUGCCACAAAACUUCAAUGUGAUAAAGAAUUCGGCACUUGCUCAUGUAAGCGAAAUGGCUUUACGGUAUGCAAUACAGAUUUGGACGAAUGUGAGCACGUUCCUGGCGCAUGCGCACAAAAUAUGAAUUGUAUCAACAACCCCGGCUCUUAUGAAUGCUUUUGCAAAGAUGGAUAUGUAGAAGAUCACGGAACUUGCAAGGGCAAUGCGUCCUUCAUGACGGCUACAGUCGGUGCACUGACUGGGGGAUCGGUAAUAACAAUUUCAGCCUUGUCAGUGUGUUUCUAUUUCUUCAUGAAGAGGAAGACAGGUUUUCGGACUACGAGUGAAGAAUCAAGUAUCAGACACGUGGAAAUUGUACAAGACACUCAGCCUGCAACACUGAACGAUCAGUAUGACACAAUAGAAGAGUGCAUAGACAACUGUUCUUUUAGUGGAGGCUAUGCGGAAAUUGGCUCCGUUAUUAGUGAUAUUGCUUUAACACGUAACGAUUCAUCCAGUGUAAAAAUUCCAGAAGUGACUGCAGAAAGAAGUGUAGAUUUCUUUAAAAUUACACAAGCAGGUAUGCACCUCGACAAAACAUUGAGCGAGGUCAAUGAUGACGGGCACGAAAUGACUUGUUAUAAUUACGAUUCUAAGGUAUCUGCAGAUUAUAUUGUUGGAAGAGUUGCAGAAAAUGUAGCUGUUGAAAAUGACAUUCAUGAAACAGACACAUGAUCCAGACUAACAUUGUUUAUACAUGCGUAUACGUAGGAAGAUAGGAUGUAAAAUUUACACUGUCUUAAUAGUUCACCAGACUACAUUUGUGAUCCGCCUGUCCGUCCGUUCGUCGUCCAUCAACAUGUUCUUCAAACCUCGACUACUCUGAUAUUGAUGAAAUUUGGUCUUCAUGUUCAUUGGUUAUAGUUCUUUUCCAAGCGUUUUCAAACGGUUCUAUAUUUGUAAAUGUUCCAUUAGACCAUGCUAAAAAUCUCCAGAUGGACUCUUCUUUAACACCAGACUGUUCUACUUAUUUCGAUUCGUCAAAACACAUGACAUGCCUAUCAGAGGGUGUGGUUAGAUUUCUCUGAAUGUAUUGUUGAAAAUUUCAUGUCAGAGACUGCCUGUCAAACUUUUAAUUAUGAUUCUACACAUUCAAAUGAUCCUUUGGUGACCAUCAAGAUUUUUCAAAUAAUUCUUAUUUGUUACAACAGAACCGCCAGAGGGCAUGGUCACUGUCCCAAAACUUCAAAACUCUUCUUUCGAGAGACUGUAGCUCCAGACGGAAAAAAAUGACUCUAUAGGUUACUUUUGUGACAAAAUUGAUCAAAAUGGAAAUUUGAUAGUCAAUAUAUGGUGGCUAGAGGUCUCAUUGAGCAAUCCUUUGGUGACUGUCUGCCAAGAUUGUUUCAUCGAAAAAACAUGGCCAUUAGAAAUCGUGUUCACUAUUGUAUAUAGUGAAAGUACAUGUAUUAACAAUUUUCUUGUCACUUGUCAAAUUAUAUUAUUAACCUAAGAAUUAAUUUUGAAAUAUUUUCUUCUGAGACAUUUACCAAAAUUGUUAAUAACCAUCUUGAUUUGUCAAAAAAAAAAAAAAAAACAAAAAAAAAAACAAAAAAAAAACAAAAAAAAAAAAAAAAAACUGAUUGUCGGAUUCGGGUCUAUCUUCCUUAAUGACACCACAGAAAACUUAAAAUUAUAUUGUCUGUGUUAAGUUACAGACUAGCUGAAUAGAGAAUAGCAGAAUAACUCCUACAGAUGGCAGAAUGGCAGAAUAGCAGAAUAACUCCAGCAGAAUAGCAGAACAUCUCCAGCAGAAUGGCAGAAUAGCAGAAUAGCUCCAGGAGAAUGGCAGAAUAGCAGCAUAACAUAAUUACUCCAGCAGAAUAGUAGAGUAGCAGAAUAACACUAGCAGAAUGGCAGAAUUACUCCAGCAGAAUUGGAGAAUAGCAGAAUAAUUCUAGCAGAAUGGCAGAAUAGCAGAAUAACUCCAGCGGAAUUGCAGAAUAGUAGAAUAACUCCAGCAGAAUGGCUGACUAGCAGAAUAACUUCAGCAGAAUGGCAGAAUAGCAGAAUAAAUUCAGUAGAAUAGAAGAACGACAGAAUAGCAAAUUUACUCCAGCAGAAUAGCACCAGUAGGAAGUUGGCAGUUAGCAGUUGCAGCAGUUACAGCAGUUAACUGCUAAAACUGCCAGCAGUUCUAGCAGUUAAACAUUGCGAAUGUAUGAAAUGUCAAUAAUUACAAAGCUGAAAAAUAUCAACGCUUUUAGUGAGAAUGUAACAUCUAUAUACAUUUUGAAGUAGCAUAAACCUACGGAUCGCCGGAAGUUUGCACUGGAGUAGUACUUGCAAUUUUGCUGCUUUUAUGUUUUAAUAGCAGUAACAACAUUCCUUAUUCUAUUACUGUUGCAACAACAAACAUUAAAUUAACAGAAUCCAUGUUACUACUGUAUUCCCAAUUUUGAGGGCGAAUCAUAUGUAGCUACGUUUAUUCUGGAAAAAAAUAUCUAGCAUAAGCAUAGUUUAACAUAAAAAUUAUAUAAACAAUAUGCAGAGUAUACGGCCUACACCUGCGAAAGAAUUUCACGAGUCUUGUCCGAGUGAAUUAUCCACGAAGCGUGUAACUGACUAGUAUUGUUUGGAUAAUUAAAACAUGGUUCUGCUGUUUAUUAUUUUGAUCGAUUGUAAUAUGUUUUUCCUUAUGUAAAAACGUAGAUGGAAGAAUGGGGAAGCACUAGUUCACGUCUCAUUUAAGGCACCAAAUAUUGUAGGUGGACGCGUCACCGUGCAACGUGUAAUUAUGCUAACAACGCUGAACAAGAAAUAUCUUUAAAAAAGAUGGUCGGCGUGAUGUAACUGAAGCACAAGUUAUAUAUGGGCAGAAACCUGUAUUUUAAAUUUUUUUGGCAAUGUUGAAAGUUUUGUAUAAAUGAGGACAGUAGUUCUGAAGAAGACUGUGUUUAGAAAUUGCUGAGGGACACACGACGGACACCAAACAAUCACAAAAGCUCACUUUGAGCCUUUGGUGCUUUAAAAGAUGGUAACAGUAAGCAAACAAUAUUGAAAUACGUUCUAUACUUUAUUUCUGGAAUUGUUGGAAGCAACAUGAACCCUUACCCUAUUUAAGCUUAUUAUCAAAUGUGUCUAUCAUUCAGAAUAUGUACAGUACUGUUUUCACCGGAAAGAUUAAUUUAAAAUUUAGAGUCUAAAAUAGAACAGUAUCGGACAUGUUGUUGCAGGUUAGUAAUGUUUUGCACUGGUUAGAAAUUGUUGCUGCAAUGCAGGGUAAGAGUUAAUGACUGUAUAAAACAAAUAACCUUUUUGUAAAAACAAAACUUAAGGAAAUGAAACUUAACAAAACAGAAAUAACUUAACAAGAAAACUUAACAAAACAGAAAUAUGUCCGGAUGAGCAUAUGAAUAUUUGGUUACGCACACCUUUUCAAGUGGUACGCAUACAACCCGAUGGUGCUGUACUUAUAGAGGUUAUAGAUGACGAACGCGUUGUAGUCAUUUCACUCAGUGUCACACAUGAUUCAGAGUGAAGCAUUUUCAGCCUUUCCUCCAAUCAGCGCCAAUCUCUCAUUAUGGCUGAAAAUACCGAGAAUACCUUACCAAGCAAUCCAACUGGUACAUUAUUCAGGCGGCAUAAGGUCAUACGAGGUCAUAAAAGCGUGCUUAAUACGGCACGCCGAAAAAACGUAGGAGUGCGUAGAAUGAGUUCUAUCCAGCGUAUCUAGUAAUCCAUACACUGUGCGUAAAUUAGCUUUUAAGUGUAACAAGCCUUAUAUGAAAUAAAAGAUUAACUGUAUA